AUGGCCUCUUCAGCUGUAGCUGGUGAAGAUGUGGAGGUCGGCAGCAGCCGCGUCUGCCCGGCGGAGCCCUUGAGCAAACCCUGGAAAUCUCCCGGCGACCAGAAGGUGGACUUCCGCUUUCGCGACGUGCGUUUCAGCGUAGAGGUUUCGAAGAUGAAGGCGUCUCUGAUGGGGGGGGAGGCUGGCGUCAAACACAUCCUCGGGGGAGUCAGUGGAGCCGUGGAGUCAGGGCAGAUCUUGGCCAUUAUCGGCUCUAGCGGAGCGGGCAAGACGUCUCUGCUCGACGUGCUCGUCGGAAAGGUCUCGGCUGGCACGAAGGGCCUGGACAUCACGGGCGACGUAACCGUCAACGGCAAGGCGAUGUCCAAGUCCUUCUUCUUGGAGAACGCCGCUUACGUCCCUCAGGAAGACCGCCUGUGGAGUGCUCUCACAGUUCGGGAAAACCUGACGUUUGCGUGCAAGAUGUACAGCCCGGCAUUGUCGCGAGCAGACAGCGACAAACGCGUGAACAAGGUGCUCGCCAGCUUGGGCCUCGAGGGAUGCCAGCACACGAAGGUCGGCAACGUUUUCCUGAAGGGUAUCUCGGGCGGUCAGAAGCGGCGCACUUCAAUCGGUGUCGAGCUCGUGGUCCAGCGCAAGAUACUCUUCCUCGACGAACCAACGUCUGGGCUGGACGCCGCUUCCGCCUCCGAGAUCAUGUCGUUGCUGAGGCGACUGGCGUCGGAGACGGACGUGAUAAUCAUCGCGAGCGUGCACCAACCGUCCAGCCGCGUGUUCAACAGUUUCGACCAGCCACUGGACACCGACGUUGCCGGCACGGUGCUCCGCCAGGAUGCGUUGGUGGAAUCCGAAUACCAAAGAGAGCGUCGCCAAGCGGACGAAAUGACUCCUCGGCAUUGCGGGACUCUCCCGUGUUUUCCUCUGUCUUUGGCACCGUCCACGACCACGCCGAUACCUCGCUUCUCACAACAUUACACGGUGAUUCUGUUGACGAUGGGGCAGACGGCCUACUUCGGGCCUGCGUCGGACAGCCUCGACCACUUCGCGCGCUUGGGCCACGAACCGAAGGGUCUCGUCAACCCUGCCGACUACCUCCUGGAGAUCACCAACGCCGACUUCAGUGACACCGAGGCCGUGCAGGAGCUGGCCGAUUCGUGGAAGGAGACGCCGGGGUGCCGAGCGCUAAACGCCCGCCUUGAAGCACCCCUCCCCCCACCGUUGGAAGAGGGAUCAAAGGCCGGCUAUCUCGCCGCUCUCCUGCAGCUCCGCACGCUGAUCGUCAGGGCCUCGAUGAACAGCGUGAGGGACCCCGCCGCCUACGCUUUGAGGUACUACCAGGUCGAAAACACACAGGAGGACAUCCUCAACCGGGUGUUUCUAAUCCUCUGGAUCAACGCCUUCAACUCGUACAUGGACAUGGCGGCUAUCCCUGUUUUCGAGCUGGAGAAGGAAGCCGUCGUGAAAGAAGUGCAGAACGGACAGUACGGGGUGGCAGGCUUCUGCAUCGCCAACGCAGUCGUUCAGGUACCCUUCGUGCUGCUGAUCGCGUUGUGCUGCAUCACGCCGGUGUACUGGAUCACUGACAUGAACGACGACCCUUUGAGGUACCUCCAGUUCAUCCUUCUGAUGUUCCUCAUGCUGUUCGUCAUCGAAAGCCUGGCCCAGCUUGUUGGGGUCAUUGUCAAGAACUUCGUCCUCGGGAUCGCCGUCUUCGCCAGCUGUCUCUCGAUGUUCUUCAUCUUCAACGGGUUCUUCAUCGACCCCAUCAACAUGCCCGACUUUUGGCUGUGGCUCUACUGGAUAUCUCCUCUCAGGUACUCGUGGGAGGCGAUGGCGCAGAUCGUCUUCGAAGGCCAGACCUACGCAGGCAUGGACACGUGUGUCACCUGCUACGGCACGACCGGAGCAGAGGUGCUGGACUCGCUCAGCAACGGCGGGACCAAUCUUAACGACGUAAGUAUCGCGGCGUGGUGCGGCGCUCUGGUGGGGUUGUCCGUGGUCUGGAGGCUCAUCCACUACGUCGCCCUCAAGCGCUCCAUUUUCUGA